GAUGAUGUUCGUUUGUUUGACGAGAGUGAUAAGGAAGAUGUUAACAAUGGUUUCCAAUCUAUGUCACACUACAUCCUUUCCUAUAAAUACCAAAUCCCGAUCUCUUUCAACUCAUCCAAUCACUAUUCUUUCAGGUAUUCAUCUAAGAUCGCCAAAUAAGAAGCAACUCCCAACUUCUGGUUUUCGAAUUCGCAGACAUUUUUUUAAUCGAGUGUUUCCAGUGGUGUCAUUCAAGAGGAGCGUAGAGGGAGCUGAAGAGAUGACGAUAAAACCUGUUGUUCGCGUUUCGGAGGGGAAGCUGGUGGUGAAGGAGCGAACGAUUCUGACAGGAAUACAGGAGAACGUGGUGGAGACAUCCACGGUAGAAGGAAUGUUUCUGGGAGUGGAUAUGGAGAAGGAAGAUAGCAGACACGUGGUUUCGUUGGGAACCUUGAGGGAUGUGAGGUUCAUGGCUUGCUUCCGGUUCAAGCUGUGGUGGAUGGCGCAGAAAAUGGGGGACAGAGGGGCCGAAAUUCCUUUGGAGACUCAGUUUCUAUUGGUAGAAACCAAAGACGGGUCCCACCUCGAAUCGGAAAGCGAUACCAACAGCCAGAAUCAGAUCGUGUACACAGUUUUUCUCCCUCUUGUAGAAGGCUCCUUCAGAGCGUGUCUACAGGGGAAUUCCAACGAUCACCUUCAACUAUGCCUCGAGAGUGGUGAUGCAGACACCAAAGCGUCGUCGUUUAGCCAUGCAAUCUUCAUUAGUGCCGGCACCGAUCCAUUCGCCACCAUUCAUCAUGCUUUCCGUGCCGUCAGGAACCACCUCAACACCUUCCGCCUCCGCCACGAGAAGAAGCUUCCCGGCAUCGUGGACUGCUUCGGCUGGUGCACCUGGGACGCGUUCUACCAGCAAGUUACUCAGGAAGGAGUGGAGACCGGAAUCCAAUCUCUCCGAAGCGGUGGCACGCCGCCGAAGUUCGUCAUCAUCGACGACGGUUGGCAGUCCGUCGGCGGCGACGACGACGACGACAAGGUGAAAGAAAACUCGAGCUCGUUGCAGAGGCUGACGGGGAUAAAAGAGAACGCGAAAUUUCAGAAGGAGGAGGAACCGGGAUUAGGGAUUAAGAACAUCGUGGACAUAGCGAAGAAGAAGCUGGAGGUGAAGCACGUGUAUGUGUGGCACGCAAUCACGGGUUACUGGGGCGGGGUUCGUCCAGGGGUGAAGGAGAUGGAGGAGUACGGUUCGGUGAUGAAGUACCCGAAUGUGUCGAGCGGAGUGAAGGAGAACGAGCCGACGUGGAAAAGCGACGUGCUCGCGGUUCAGGGUUUGGGACUUAUGAACCCUAAGAAGGUAUUCACGUUUUACGACGAGUUGCACAGUUAUCUGGCGUCUGCGGGUGUAGACGGCGUUAAGGUGGAUGUGCAGUGCAUUUUGGAGACUCUGGGUGCGGGUCUUGGGGGAAGAGUGGAACUUACCAGACAGUACCAUCAGGCACUGGACGCUUCUAUUUCUAGAAACUUCCCUGACAACGGGUGUAUCGCCUGCAUGAGCCACAAUACGGACGCGCUCUACUGCUCCAAACAGACGGCGGUGGUGAGGGCUUCGGAUGAUUUCUACCCGCGUGAUCCGGUCUCACACACUAUCCACAUUGCGUCAGUGGCGUACAAUAGCGUCUUCCUCGGGGAGAUCAUGUUACCCGAUUGGGAUAUGUUUCAUUCGCUUCAUCCUGCCGCGGAGUACCACGCCUCCGCUAGGGCCAUCAGCGGUGGGCCGCUCUAUGUGAGCGACGCGCCGGGGAAGCAUGAUUUUGAUCUGCUUAAGAAGAUGGUUCUGCCAGAUGGGUCGGUGCUUCGGGCCCGUCUUCCCGGGAGGCCCACUAAAGACUGCUUGUUCAGUGACCCGGCCCGUGACGGAGUUAGUUUACUGAAAAUAUGGAACAUGAACAAGUUCGGAGGGGUGUUGGGAGUUUAUAACUGCCAAGGGGCUGCGUGGAGUGCCGCUGAGAGGAAGAAUGCGUUUCAUGACACGGUUUCUGCUGCCAUCACUGGGUUUGUGAGAGGUGGUGAUGUGCAUCUGAUUGCGGAGGCUGCCGGUGAUGGCGAUUGGAACGGUGAUUGCGCGUUGUACGGUCACCAAUCUGGGCAGCUCACGGUGCUUCCACGCAAUGUGGCUCUGCCGGUGUCCCUUAAGGUGUUGGAACACGAGGUGUUUGCUGUUGCGCCUGUGAAGGUUUUGGGUCCUGGUUACAGCUUUUCCCCUAUUGGACUUUUGAACAUGUUCAAUGGUGGUGGUGCCGUUGAAGGGCUGGUGUAUGAAGUGGGGGAUAACCAGUCGUUGGUUCGUGUGGAGAUGAAAGGGUGUGGGAAGUUCGGGGCUUAUUCGUCGGCAAGACCAACUAGGUGUCUGCUGCAAAACAACGAGGUUGAUUUCAAUCACGAUCCCCAAUCUGGUUUGCUAACCUUCAACAUAGAUCAUCUGCCGUCAGAGGGACAAAGGGUUCACGUGGUUGAGUUAGUUUAUAGUCUAUCUAGUUAGUUAGUUAGUUAUUACAUUAUACCUCAUUGGAUUUGAAUCUAUGUUGUGGUAUUUCUUUAGUUAGAGUAGAGGGCCUAGAAAAUUUUCCAUCUGUACUAAAUUUAACGUUGUGUUUUGAAAUUUGACUGCAAAGUGGAUACAUGUCUCUUACGUUUGAGUUAUUUAAA